AUGAAGGUUCCAUCCUUUUCAACCAUUGUAUUUUCGGCUUCGUUAGCAUUUGCUGCCCUUCAGGUCAUCCCAAUUCCAGCUACUCUCCCAACUAGCAUCAGUGCGUCCUGCCGCGCUACACUCGCUACUAACAUUACGCAAUGCCCGAAUAUCUUCAUGUUACCACCUGAUGAUGUUCCAAAUACCAAUUUGAAUGCGCUCUGUACUUCAGCUUGUCGGGUGAACCUCAGCUAUAUGGUCGGUAAUGCCACAACGAGAUGUGGGAAUACCCAGUAUCCGACUACUAUCGGGACUUCCAAAGUCAUUAUACAGCCCCUCCUGAUGGCGGGCCGUCCAUUGUAUAAUUUCGAUCUUGUUUGCCUUCAAGAUUCUGGGACAUAUUGCAAGCCACAACUCGUAAAUAUUACAACUGCUCAAGAAUGCAGCAAAUGCAAUCUCAUGAGACUUCAGAAGCAGCUAAAUAACCCAUACGACUACCAUCUUCGAAACGCUUCAUCUUUUUCUUCGCUUUUAAAGUCUUGUUCUGUAGCCUCCACGGUGUAUCCUUUGACAUAUACUCCUUCGAUAUCAUCUGUUUCUUCAACUUCGACAGCCGUUAUCAGCAUACCACCAUGCAUCCAAACGUAUAAGCCAGCAGCAACUGACACACCCGAGUCAGUGGCCAUUCUCAAGAAGGUGCCCACUGACCGUCUGCUUCAAUACAAUAAUUUACCAUUGAAUCACAAUACUACCUUUCCAACUGGAAAGAUUCUUUGCCUUGACAAUGUAUCACCAUGCUUUCUUCAGAAGGUCUCUGCUACGGAUACUUGCUCUAGUUUCUUACAAGCUAUUGGAUACAAUGUUACGGAGAAUAUGUUCAGAAGUUGGAAUCCCACUAUUGGGAUGGACUGUGCAAACCUUAAAUACAUGAUCAACAAAUAUAUAUGCCUGUCGCCUCCGGAUACUACGACUAAAUUUACGAUGCCACCUGUGGUGACUCCAACGGGUAGUGGGUCCUCAACAUCUUCAGUAUCUUCUAUAGGAUCUUGGAGCCAAGCACCACCAGCUUCAGUUACUGCGGCCACAAGUGCAUUUUGGAGCGAUCCCCUUCCAGUGCCAACAAAAACUACGGUAAACGCUACAGUCCCGGCGUCCAUUCUUCAAGCGGUCAGCGACCGCGGUAAAUAUUGCCCCUUUGGACUCUACGAAGGUGAAAUACUUCCCGACAACCAAUAUCGGCUCGGGAAGGAAGAUCUCCCAGAAGUAUGUCUAUCUAGGCACUGGAACAAGUUCUGCACAAUCACACUCUCAACUCCGGUAUUACCAUCCCCGACAACAAUUCCUGCAAGUUGCUAUCCAACCAUUGUAACAGAAACUGCAGACCCAGCGAAGCCUCCAGCUCCUACGAACUCUGGAACCACAGAGUUAUGUAAUCAAUGGCGAGUUGCUGUCAGCGGCCAGGGCUGUAAUGCAAUGGUUGAAGGCGCUGGAAUAACGAUGGCUAGGUUAUUCGAAUGGAAUAGGUCUCUAAAUUCACAGUGUACCAACAUGGUGGCCGGCAUGGCGUAUUGCGUUGGUAUCCGCGAAGUUGUAACAACGGCAACGACGAGCUACAGUCGUGUGACCUUUAUUCCGCCUCCCGCUCCUACGCAGUCUGGCGCGUCUAAUAAGUGCAUUCAAUGGCACGUCCGUCGAGCUGGAGAUACAUGUGCGUCAAUUGCAACGCUGUAUGGAAUAAUACUUGGAAGGUUUCUACAACUAAACCGAGGAGUGGACUCAAGUUGCACGAAUCUAGUCACCGGCAACGCCUAUUGCGUUUGGAUAAAUGGGUAA